UAGUAUUUCUGUAGAGUGGAGGUGGUGAGCUAACUAAAUACAUUCAUGGGUUAUCCUCUUACAGCUCUUAGCAUAACCCUCCAUAGCCUGCAGACAGUUGCAGAUAGGUACAGCGGUAAUCCAAGAUGGCGGCGUGAAAAAUUUCCAAAAUGUUGUGCAGGAGAAUCAUCCGCCAAAUUAUCCAAACUACCGCUGUUAAACGCGCUUACUGUCUACCUGUAUCCCAAAAAGCCUUAACCUCUCUAGAAGACCCUAAAAUUCCCGAACCAGAUCCUUUAGUUCAACGAAUCUUCGAUGGAAUCAAAGCUGGACAGCGUGGAAGCUUAGCACAGGGAAUAACCCUUGUUGAAACACUGCAUCCUGGAAAGUUCAAGCAAGCUCAAAUACUCCUUGCUAAAGUUGUGAAACAUGUGAAAGAAUAUCCAAACUUGCCUGAUGGAAGAAAACAUUCUUAUAGAAUAGGGUUUUCAGGCCCUCCCGGGGCAGGGAAAUCGACAUUUAUUGAAUUCUUUGGAAAGAUGUUGACUUCUAAAGGUCAGAAAGUUGCGGUUUUAGCAGUUGAUCCUUCGUCAUCUCGGACAGGGGGGUCACUCCUUGGUGAUAAGACUAGGAUGACAGAGCUGUCACGAGACCCGAAGGCCUACAUCAGGCCAUCACCUACCUCAGGAACACUAGGUGGGGUACAUCGUAGCACCAAUGAGGCUAUCAUCCUCUGUGAAGCUGCUGGUUACGACACUAUACUGGUAGAGACGGUGGGUGUUGGCCAGUCUGAGUAUGCCGUUGCCCACAUGGUGGACAUGUUUGUAUUGCUUAUCCCCCCAGCAGGGGGAGAUGAAUUACAAGGGAUAAAGAAAGGGAUUGUGGAGAUGGCAGACUUGGUACUUAUCAAUAAAGCAGAUGGAGAUCUGUUGAUCCCAGCCCAGAGAAUUCAAGCAGAGUACAUAAGUGCUUUGAAGCUGCUGAGAAGUAAAUCCCCAUUGUGGUCACCUCCUGUUUUAAGAGUUUCUUCUACAACUGGAGAUGGGAUUGACAAAUCAUGGAAGUCAAUGCAAGAUUUCUUCACCAAAAUGGAGGAAACAGGAGAACUUGUGAAUGAGAGACGGAAGCAGCACAAAAUCUGGAUGUGGAAUCACAUCAAGGAACAGAUUAUGGCCAGGUUUAAGGCAAAUAAAAAUGUGAAGAAAAAGAUCAAGAGUUAUGAGAAUCUAGUGGCCCAAGGUUUGAUGGCUCCAGGUUUAGCAGCUGACAUGUUGCUCAAAAUCUUUGAGAGAACAACAGAAGAUGAUUAAAGUUAAUAGAAUUUGAAACUUAUAAAAUAUAUAAAAACAUAAAUUAUCAUUUAACAAAGUAGUUAUAUCAAAAGGUAAUAGUUGUACUGGUAAAGCUCUUGAAUUCCAUGAAGUAUGCAUCCUUAAAUUCCUGGAAACUCAGUCUAAUUGUAAACAUACUGAGCCAAGACAAGUAUUAUUGUCUGAAACAAGAAAGUAGUCUGUGCUGUAUUUUAUUUUAUUUGAAAAGGAGGCUUAACCUGUGUAGCUAGCGCUUCUUUGGGUUUCCAGUGCAAAGAAAAGACACAAAAGGGAAAGAUCAUCAUUUUAACUGCACGAGAAAGCAAAACAUGAGACAUCCAUGGGAGCAAGUGAAAAAUGAGACAUCCACAGAAACGCUUGCUUCACAGGCUAAAUGGAGGCUUAGUGUUCUAAUUUUUUGUAUUUUCAUAUCUAUAAAUCUUCAUUUUCAAUGCAAGAAUAUAGAACUGUAUGUUAUGUGUAAGAAGUAAAUAUAAUUUUAUUCGCUA